CGCAUACCAUACGAUCCCACGCAAGUCGCACAAAGCAUCCUCAAGCCUAUCCUCCCUGCUCGUCCACCUAUUAUAGGUCCCCUCUCCACGCCCACCGACGCGCCAAACCGAAGCGCUUUCAUCGCGCGGGCGAGGCUUGCAUGAGCAAAGGGAAGCAAUAUUCCAAGGGCUCUGGAAGACGAUGAAUUGAGGUUACAAGCGAGGCCAGACCCCAGCCUUCGACGAGCACAGCUCGACUACAGUUCGUUGACCGUAAUCCCAGCUUGGGACUGCCGCUGCAAUGUUCUUCCUCCGCUAUCUCGAAAGAGAAAUUAGCAUACAUCCGUCCUUCUUUGGGAACAGCGUCCAUGACAGACUGAGAGACCAGCUUUAUGCGGAUCUUGAGGGUAGUUGCAAUGGAGAAUAUUACAUUGUAUGCAUAAUGGACAUACACAACAUAUCUCCUGGAAAAGUCAGGCCGGGUUCGGGCGAGGCGCAUUUUACAAUUCUCUAUCGUGCGAUUCUAUGGAAACCUUUCAAGGGAGAGACGAUUGACUGCGCCGUCACCUCGGUCAAGCCUCAAGGAGUCUUCUGUGAAGCAGGACCAUUGACGGUUUUCGUUUCGAAGAUGCACUUACCACCAGACAUGCGACAUAACCCAGACGCAACUCCACCACAAUAUUCCAACAAUGCUGGAGAUGUGAUCGAGAAGGGGUCUGCUGUCAGAGUCCAGCUCAUCGGUUUGCGAAGCGAUGUCGGCAACAUGUAUGCCGUUGGCAAGAUGUCAGCACAAUGGUUCGGCCCGUUGUGAUGCGCAUUUGAUCUGGAUGAAUUUUGGAAUGAGUUUUGGAAAUCUGCAAUAGUGCUUUCAGACCAGAAGUGGCCAAUACAGCCGGCUGCUGAGCCAACAUGGCUACCAGAUAUGCGAGACAAGCCCCGAGACUCCAUUUUGAUGACCUAGAUACAUCGCUUUGGAUCAGUGUUGGUAUCAUGACUGUCCAUUUCGUUUCGCGGGCCAGGACUAUUAGAGCCAAGCUCUUUGAAGAGAAUGCAAGACCAGUGAUAUGUGGACAUGGGCCGUGGUGAUGUUCACGGCAUUCAGCUGGGUUAUUGCCAUUCGAAUAUAGUCCACAACGACUCGGAGGAAGUCAAGACAUGAUUGAUAUGAUGUUCAUUAUCAGCCCCCACGGACCGUUGAGCAGAGUUGGCGGACUUGAAACACCGCUAAAGCUCCGCGCUGUCCUGAACUUUGAGUGUUGUGGGCGGCGCGAUAAUGGCGGGGCAACAAAAAACGCGUCUACAGGGUACUUCAUGCAACUGUCAGGGACAUCAACUUAACUGCAACUGUCCAAAUA